AUGGUUGAAGUAACUGAUGUAGAAGUUAGUAAACUUCAAAAAACUAAAACAAUUGGUAUCAUUGGUUUGGGUGAUAUGGGAUACUUGUACGCAAGAAGAUUCAGUGAAGCAGGGUGGAAAGUAGUUGGAUGUGAUAGAGAAGAUUUGUUUGAAGAAACGAAGGCCAAAUUUGCCAAGGAGGACUUUGAGAUAUUAUUGAAUGGACAUUACGUUUCUCGUAUUUCAGACUAUAUAAUUUAUAGUGUUGAAGCUGAAAAUAUCAACAAAAUCGUUUCGCUUUAUGGUCAAUCUACUAAGUUCGGAGCUACAGUUGGGGGUCAAACAUCCUGUAAGCAACCGGAGAUUGAGGCGUUCGAGAAAAACUUGCCUCCAGAUACGGAUAUCGUGUCAUUACAUUCAUUGCAUGGGCCAAACGUUAACACCACCGGCCAGCCAUUAGUGUUGAUAAAGCAUAGGGCCUCAGAUGAAAGUUUUAGACUUGUCGAAUGUUUGGUGUCUUGUUUGAAAUCAAAAGUGGUUUAUUUAUCUGCAGAAAAACAUGAUAAAAUUACGGCUGAUACGCAGGCUGUUACGCAUGCAGCGUUCUUAUCAAUGGGUGUAGCAUGGAAGUCAAUUAAUCAGUACCCUUGGGAAACACCAAGAUGGGUAGGAGGAAUGGAGAAUGCAAAAGUGAAUAUAUCCUUAAGAAUAUUUUCUAAUAAAUGGCAUGUAUACGCGGGAUUGGCUAUAACCAACCCUUCUGCUCAUGAGCAGAUCGUUCAGUACUCACGUUCAGUGACUGAAUUGUACACAUUAAUGAUUCAAGGGAAAAAGGAAGAAUUGAAAACAAGAUUAUUCAAAGCCAAGGAAAGUGUAUUCAGGCAUAUAUCGGAUCAUAAUUUGUUGUUGGAUGAUGAUCUUUUACAAAACUUUUCAUUGAGCAAGGUACCGCCAGGAGGAAGACAAGCAAACUCACAUUUAUCUUUAUUGUCAAUAGUGGACAGUUGGUUCAAGUUAGACAUAAUUCCAUACGAUCAUAUUAUUUGUUCUACUCCAUUAUUCAGAAUAUUUUUGGGUGUUACCGAAUACUUAUUUUGCACUCCAGGUUUAUUGGACGAAUGCAUAGAAGAUGCGGUUAAAGAUGUAACAUUUAGACAAGAUGACCUAGAAUUCACAAUUGCUGCUAGAACAUGGGCAAGUAUCAUAUCAUUCGAAAAUUUUAAGCUAUAUAAAAAGGAAUUCGAAGAAACGCAAGCCUUCUUCCAACCAAUGUUCCAAGAAGCUAAUGCUGUAGGAAAUGAAAUGAUUAAAACUAUAUUACAAAGAGUACAAGAAAGAGAAUCUAAAGAGUAG